UGUUUAGUUUAAUAUUUGAAGUCAAACUAAACAGACGUGUUCUGCAAAGUACAAAAUCUUUAAAGAUUUAUAAUUGAAAAGAAUACAGAAAAAUAAUAAAAUCAAUCAAUAAAACACAAAUACAAUAAAAGUUCAAAAAAGAUAAACAACGAAAUUGUUGUUAUUAAAAUAAGUAUUAUAAAAUAGUACUUAAAUUCCUUCCUAUUACAUUUAUUUACUGAAUUAACAAGAAAUGUCUCAAAAACGUGUAACAUUAUCCACGACACGCGUGUCUCGCGCCUCAACAUCUACUCCUGUAGCUGGAGGUAGUCGUCUUGGCGCGACCAGUCCCACUAGUCCAACACGCACCAGUCGUCUGCAGGAGAAAGAGGAACUCCAACAUUUAAACGAUCGUUUGGCUUGCUACAUCGAUCGUAUGCGUCAUUUGGAAAAUGAAAACAAUCGCUUGACCCAAGAACUGCAAUUGGCUCAAGACACAGUCAACCGUGAAGUGUCCAAUAUCAAGGCCCUUUAUGAAAAAGAAUUGGCUGCUGCCCGCAAACUGCUCGAUGAAACAUCUCGCGAAAAAGCCAAAUUAGAAAUCGAUAUUAAACGUUUGUGGGAAGAGAACGAUGACCUUAAACAAAAACUUGACAAAAAGACCAAGGAAUGCGGUAUUGCUGAGAACAGUGCCCGUGUUUAUGAAUCUCGUUAUAAUGAAAUCAAUGGCAAAUAUAAUGCUGCUUUGGUAGAUCGCAAGAAGGCUGAAGAUCAAGCCAAGGAUUUGGCUGCUGAGAACGCUCGUUUACUUAAGCAAUUGGAUGAAUUGCGCAAACAACUCGAAGCUGAGACUUUGGCUCGUGUUGAUUUGGAAAAUCAAAACCAAAGCUUGCGUGAAGAACUUAGCUUUAAGGAUCAAAUUCAUGUGCAAGAACUCACGGAGACCCGUUCUCGCCGCCAAAUUGAAAUCAGCGAAAUUGAUGGUCGUCUCUCGAAGGAGUAUGAGGCCAAAUUGCAACAAUCAUUGCAAGAAUUGCGCGAUCAAUACGAGUCUCAGAUGCGUGCCAACCGCGAAGAAAUUGAGUUAUUAUAUGACAAUGAAAUCAAGAAUCUCCAGGCUGCUGCUAAUCGUGCUGCAAAUUCUUCAGCUCAUGCCACCGAAGAAGUUCGUAUUAUGCGUACUAAGAUCGAUGGCUUGAACGCACGCAUUGAAGAAUUGGAGAACACCAACUCUGGUUUAAAUGCUCGCAUUCGCGAAUUGGAGAAUCUUUUGGAUAGCGAACGUGCUCGUCACAAUCAAUACAUUGCUUCGUUGGAGGCUGAACUACAACGUAUGCGUGAUGAGAUGGCUCAUCAAUUGCAGGAAUACCAAGAUCUCAUGGAUAUUAAGGUGUCAUUGGAUUUGGAAAUUGCUGCCUACGACAAAUUGUUGGGUGGUGAAGAGCGUCGUCUUAACAUCACCUCGCCAGGUCGUCCCAACACCAGCGGCAGCAGUGCUCAUGCCGAUUCUGGUUACUCCAAUGGCACUCAUUUGUCAGUGAGUUCCAGCUCAGCUUACCGCUCGGGUCGUGUUACACCCAGUGGUCGCCGUUCAGCCACUCCUGGUGCUGGUGGCAGCAGCAGCGCUGUUAAACGCCGCCGUACUGUUAUUGAUGAAUCCGAGGACCGUAGCUUGGCUGACUUUACAGUCAAUUCUGCUGCCAAAGGUGAUUUACAGAUCUUGGAAGCCGAUAGCGAAGGUCGCUACAUUAAAUUGCACAACAAAGGCACCGAUGAAAUCAAUCUUACUGGCUGGCAAUUAACACGUAUUGCUGGUGAUGAAGAAUUAGCUUUCAAAUUCACUCGCGGCACCAAAAUCACCGCCGGUCAAACAGUUUCCAUCUGGUCCGUAGACGCUGGCGUCAAUCAUGAACCUCCCACCAAUUUGGUUAUGAAGAAAAAAUGGCCCGUUGCCGAUUCCAUGCGCAGUGUUUUGUCUAAUGCCGACAAAGAGGUGAGAAUAUUGUCGAUUUACAACACUUGUAACAAAUGUAGAAUUUGUCGUCACUGUCAACAACUAGAAUUUAUACUUGAUCAGAUGUUGCCAGCUACGAGCGUGUUCGUUCAAACAUUUCCAGUCACGCAUCCAGACACAGACAAAGUAGCAGUGGAUUCACACUAGGUUCCGGCGCCACUUCAACAGGAGUAAGAAGUCUGUUCUCAUUGCUCUUCUAAGGUCAUCGUCAGAUGUUAACAGCAGACAGCCAGAUAAACUACUUAAACAACAAUCUAAAUAUACAAAUCCAUAGUAUAAGAAAUGGACAAACGGACUGACACAGUGUCUAAUUAUGCCACAAUGGAGCCGAUGGUCUUUACAUUAGCUCCAUUAUUUGCAAAUCCUCUCAAAACAAAGGAUUCUAUACAAAUUUCCUACUGUUUUACUCAGAUACUCGUACAUAUCAUGAGACUUUUGUACUUUAAAUGUUUUAUUUUUAUAAUUUGUGACUUUUUCUUUCCAUCUUUAAAUCUUUACGGAUUUUGUUCUUGCAAAGUUCUUUUUCUAUUAUUUUUCAUAUUUUGUUUAAAUCAAAUGUAUAAUUAAGAAUACUAGGUAUUCUUUAAAGAGGCGUAAGUAUAAAAUAAAUGUUUAUUUUUUAAUUAAAA